UAUCCGAUAAAUGAAGCUAAACAGCCCACCUUUCAUCACUCAUACUUGUACUUUUAGCUUCCUGGUCUAAUACUCUAAUACUCGAAUCGUUACACUUUCAUACCUCGACAUACAAGGAAAUCCCAGCUCCUACUUAUUCUAAAGUGAACCUCUCAUUUUAAUCAGCUCUACACCAAAGCUGCAUGCAUUGAUAUAUAUCUUCAUAAUGGUAAGAUAUCCUUCCUUACCACACUUAAGACGCGCAACUAACCAUUCGGACAAUCUAGUCUUCAGAAUCCCGUCUGUACACUUUCAGCACAGAAACCAAAGCACAUCUACGCAAAUUCAGACUGGGAACUUCACGCGCAAAUGAUCCACAAGCUGUUAUAUGUUUGUCUCCCUGUUCUUUCCUAUUAUCUGAAUAUUUCUAUGUCCGAAUCCCGCGAUGAUUAGAUAUGAUGCACCACCACCUUCAUAGAACCUAUGGGUUAUGGCUGAGAACCACAUCUAUAUUUUUUGAAUGAGCAAGGGAUAUACAACUAUUUUACCAAACUGCAUGAUUUUGAGACAGAUGAAUUCUGCUAAUACCCUCGCCUUCCUUAGAUCUCAUCGAUAAAACUAGCCUAGAAAUAAAACAAGAUGAAGAAGGAACUGUAUACAAAGAUCUCGAAUCGAUAGGCGAUGACCUUCCAGAUCAUUCUCCUCGAUUCAUUCUUUUAAGUUAUCCUUGCACCCUGGUCUAUUUUCCCUACUCUUCCUACGCCCUUCAAAGAUUAACAUAUCCUAGCCCUCGGGUCGUCUCUCCGUUCCGUAUGUCCUGAUAUUCUACCUACCACCUACGGUCAACGCCGAGCAACGUAUGUUAUAUGCUGGAGCCAAGGAGCUCAUGAGGAAUACGGCGGAAGUAUCAAAGGUUUUGGAGAUUGAGAGUGCAGAAGAUUUAGAAGAGAUACCUGAUAAACUGAGGGGAGACGAGAGGUAAAUGAUGGGUUUUGGAUAAGGAACAAAACGGAAGGUAAGAGGUAUUGAUUGGCUUUGGAAAGGAAACGGGAUGGCGAUCCAUUGCGCUAUUUGAAGACCACUGUUGAGCGGUUCAAGCUUUGUCAGAGGAGCCUCUACUUGGACACUUUUACUGUUCAACUUGCCGUUAUGAGGCUAAAGACCUUACAUGAGUGAUUCGAGGUUCGAGGUUGUCCUAGAUAGGAAACAGUCAGCCAUGGAAUGUCGGAAGAAAAUAUAUGGCAUAAAUACAUUAUUUUCUCAAUUUAGGAUAGAUACAGCGAUGAGAAGAGAAGAUCCAAGUACACAUUGGAGAAUCACUUACGAAAUAAAUAAUUUACAACUAUACCCAACCAU